GGCGCGGAGCGCGGCCGCGGCUCGCCAUGAGCCACCUCUUCGCGCCGCGGCUGCCCGCGCUGGCCGCCGCGCCCGUGCUGUACCUGUGCGGCGCCGAGGGCGCGGGGCUGCCGCUGGCGCUGGCGCCGGGCCGCGCCGAGCCGCCGCAGAAGCCGCCCUACAGCUACAUCGCGCUCAUCGCCAUGGCCAUCCAGGACGCGCCCGAGCGGCGCCUGACGCUCAGCGGCAUCUACCGCUUCAUCAUGGAGCGCUUCCCCUUCUACCACGACAACCGCCAGGGCUGGCAGAACAGCAUCCGCCACAACCUGUCGCUCAACGAGUGCUUCGUCAAGGUGCCGCGCGAGAAGGGCCGGCCGGGCAAGGGCAGCUACUGGACGCUCGACCCCCGCUGCCUGGACAUGUUCGAGAACGGCAACUACCGGCGGCGGAAGAGGAAGCCCAAGGCGGCCGCCGGGGCCCCCGACGCCAAGCGCGCGCGCACGGCGCACACCGGGGGCGCGGAGGCGCCGGCGGCGGCGGGGGGCGCGGGGCGGCGCCCGGGGGCCGCGACCCCCGGGCUCCCCGCGCCUCUGGGAGCCGCUUCCUCCGCGCCGCCGCCCCGGCCGGAGGGCCGCGCCGAGCGGGGCGCGGGCGCCGUGGCCGCGCGCCCGGGGUCCCCGCCGCGCCCCGCCCCCGGCAGCUCCCCGAAGAGCGCGGGCCGGGCCCCGAGCUUCAGCAUCGACAGCAUCCUGGCGGGCCCGCGGGGCCAGGCGCCGGCGGCGGGGGGCCCGCUCCCCGGGGGCACCAAGCCGGGGCCCAGCGGCGGCUGCCUGGGCGCGUCGCUCCUGGCCACCGCCUCCGGCCUGCGGGCGCCUUUCAACGCGUCCCUGUUGUUCGACCCGCACGUGCAGGGCGGCUUCUGCCAGCUGGGCGUCCCCUUCCUCUCCUGCUUCCCGCGGCCGCUCCCGGACGCCCUGUUCCACCUCCAGUAGAGCGCGGCGGGCCUCCCCGUGCGCGCCCGGCGCUUCCCCGGAGUCCGCAGAAGGAGCCGCGGCUGUGCGAAGAGUGACCUUCCCUGUGGGUGUGGCCGACGCCCGCGUCGAGGUGGGCCCCUCGUGGGGAGCCCUCGGCCACCCUCAGGUCUCCGGGACGGCGGAGAUCCUGGCAGCCCAGCGCCGCCCCCGGGCUGUCCUCCCCCAGGCCAGGGCCCGGGGCGGACGCGGCUCUCCGGAGGCGCCUCUCCGUUCUCGCCACGUCUGACCUGCUCAGCGCCCUGGGCCCCGCCGCGGUCCAGGCCUUUCUGCGGCUGCCUGUUUGCGGCCGAGGGCAGCUGCGGGGACCUUUUCAGGGCCUUUGGAGACCCGGGGAGGAUUUACCCGAGGAAGCCGAGGAACCGCUUUUGCGGAAAGCGGCUGCGUGGUUUCGGUUCCUUUCUGCGCGGUAGCCGCAACCUGGCUGGGCUCUGGCCAAGCCGGGUCCGCGCCGGGGUUGCCCAGCGCCCUGGCUCCGGCACUGGCUGCCCGUCAUCCUCUCCCCGGGCGCGGGCCCCAGGAAGUCUGCGCAUCAGUUCCCACUGGAGGGUGCCGGCCUCCCAAAGCCGGAACUAGGGCAGCGUUCAGAGAGA